GCAUGCAACUGAUUGUAGUUCGCUUCCGGCCACAGUCGUUGUGUGUGAAUUAUACAUGGCCGUCCAUGUGAGAGUAAUGCUUUGGUACUGUGUUUCUAAGUUAAGAUACAUCCUUGUGCCAGAUUUCGGUACAGGAUCUGCUGAUUGACGGCGUUGUACAUGAAUCCGCGCUGUUGGAAGCACACGAUCGUGGCUCGGAAGGAAAGGACGUGAGGAUGUAUUUAACAACGGUCGUUGUGUUGUUGCAUGGAGAAAUUGUGGUUCCAUGUUAGCGGAGCAGGGGAGUUGUGAAGUGCGCAACGGGAUCUGGAAAGCCUCGUUAAUUCUUUCGAUGCCUAUUGAUUUGCGUUGCCGAUUUAGUGACACUCUCAUGUGUGAAGGUGCUUAGAGGAUGAUUUGGCGGUCCAUUUUUGUCUGUAAUGAACAAUUUGAAGUAAGUGGAAACUGCGGAUUCAGGACUUUACAGAGUAGGUCGAAGGGCUGUAUGUUGGAUUUUCUCGCGAAGGGGUUGCUCUACAGGAAGGCGUGGAAUCGGUUGCCCUGGAACCGUACAAUUACUUUCUCUAGAGGAUGGUUCCAAUUCGAUCAUGGCAACAAUGUGAACCUCUUUCAUGGCAAGGUUUUAGAACUUUUUAGCUGGAUUUAAGUUGUAUAGCCGCUCCUCUAACCCCUGCAUCAUGGUUGUAAGGACAAGAGCUGCAGGGGCGGAACAUAGUUAGGAAAUGCUGUGUCUCCUGGCUCUUCCUAGUUGCGCCAUCACUGUCUGAUGUUUUCACGAAGGAUAGAGGACUCACGCCGUCUCAUUCUAGAAUUCCACUUCGUACUACCUAAGCGGCAACUGCCGAUAUGAUUGCAAGCUUACGUUAAUAACUGAUCACGAAUUUCUGGCUUUUGGGCACUCUUUUGACAUGUUGUAGACGUCUCUAUUUCCUGUGGCAAAAUUCACGAGAUCUUCUUUCGGCUAAAUUAAUGCUUUGACAACAAUCUUCAGCAAGAGAAGAAAGUUAUGAGAUGAAAAUUGGCCCUGCUGAGAGAAAUGGCAUGGAAAUGUUGCUUCUUGUUUUCUCGCAUUGGGAAAUUGCAGGUAUUAUUUGGAGAUGGGAGAAGAGCAAACGAAAGGAUUUUGGAAACAAAGUCUUCUUCUGCGAGACCACACAAAAUGACUUGCAGCAGGAAGAUUUGUUAUUUAAUAAAGAUGAAGACGUGAAGAGUGAAGAGGCAUGGAUUUGUCCUCCUUGACCUUAGCUUACAUGCGUAUCAAGCUUUUCCAGCUCAAGGGAUUUGUAACCAAGUGAUCACGUGGAUUGGGAGUUGUACUCAGGAAGGCACUGCAUAUCCUCUUCGCCAUUCUUCACGAUGCAGGAGUGCCACAGAAAUAUUUGAUUAUAUUCGCGUGAAUCGUGUCAGCGGCACUUAUCCGGUUGACGUUGCACCUUUCCACGAGGAGGUUCUUUGCCCGAAAGAGGCUAUGCAAAACUUUAACCGCAACGUGUCUCCCUGAAACUUUUCAAUUCUCCUAGUGACAGGCGCAUACCUCAAUUUUUGAAGAAAAAUGCUUUUAAGUUUUUUAGACUCCAUGUUUCCGUCCCCAAUCUUCUCGGAAAUUUGAGUACAGUAUCUUUUAAACACGCAAUCAGGGACAAAGGAGUGGGGAGAAUUGGCAAUGACAAUGUGAGGAUCAGCUAAACAGAAUUUUGGACUGCGUAUCUAGGAAAUAUAAUUAUGGAUCUAGAACUUCCAAAGCCUCGGCUCGUGGAGCCGUACCCCGAUCCAAAGGAAAUACCCUAUGACUCACUACUUGAUUUUGCGCCUUUCGAGACGCUCAAAGAAUACUACCCAUGCCCACCGGCAGGUAUAUCCCGAAAUCUUAUGACGGAAGACAUUCAAGGAGGACAAGCAAAUCAAUUCAAUGUACAAGAUCCGAAGGAUCCAAUGUGUUUAAACAAACCUUUUCCCGACAUAUGGUUGCUUAAACCUGAUGGCAAAGUGCUGAAGCCGAGCCGCACACUUGUGACCAAUAGACUGACGAAUCCUUUGGAUCCUCAAUACAUAUUACCAAGUGGACCAUCCAACAUACCAGCAGGGUUUCAUAAAUGGACAAAUCGAACAUCUAGUAUGGCCCUGCGAAACGACGACAUAGUGGGAUCAAGGUCAAAAUCAUUGUAUGCAAAGCCUUGCAGGUGUAUUUUACCAGGAGAGAAAGUACCAGAUCCAUGGAAAGGGUGCAAAUCCAAGAAAUGGACAUGGAUGAGGAAUCGGAUGUUUUAUGGCACUGGUCUGGAGCUCUUCGACAUCGACAUUGGGAAGAAACACAAGGGCUUUACUCGCCAGAAACCAUCGAACCCGCUUGAACCCAUAUAUCCGACUGAGCCUGAAGAGACACCCGAGACAAAGCAUAGGAGACUGAAACUUAAACGGAUACCCCCAAGGCGAAGAAAAACUAAUCCUUGUGAGAAGGCACUUGACACUAUGUAUUGGAAGGCAGAACAGCUACCUGCUCAAUGUCGUCUCAAUGGAGAACCUCAACCCAAGGAUAAUGCGGUUACUUAUGACGCCUUCCGUUACACAAUGGAAACUUUUGGGUUGUAUCUUACUGAUGAUGAGUUUAAUCGAUUUAAACCAUACAUUGACCCAGAUAAUACGGGCAGUGUUAGGUACCUGAACUUGUCGAAACAACUGAGACAUAACGACGGGUUUCAAAUUGAUAUCCCAAAACCGUUGGGAUUCGACAUGGGCUACUGGGGAAUGCCCUCAUGCUUGGGCCAGGGGCUGAAUGUGCUCGAGUAUCAACUACACCGUGGGAAGAAAACCAGCACAUGGGAAGAGCACCGGCAAAUUUAUAACCCGCUGACAGGAAAUCCUGUUCCAGUUUGGACCCAUAAACCGAUGCUUAAACCACUGGAUGCGGGACUGAAUAACAAGUCUCCAUGGGAGUACAACUAUCUGGAGGUUGUGGCCAAGAUGCAAGACGAUGCUCGCAAUAAAGAACGUAGUCAAUAUGAGUAUUCCCCCACAGGCCCUGUUCCUCCACACAAGAAAUUAAACGUGGAACCGCCUGGAAUGCCCGUCCGGCAGAUCUCCUUGGCUUCAUCAGGUGUAAAUCAGAGGCCCGAGUGGUGUCAGCACUGGGACUCGCUUGCAGAGAAGGAUCUUGCAAUGCACACAUGUGAGAAGCCGGUUGAAAAAACUUUCAAUUUGGCAGCAGUGGAGAUGGCCCAACAAGUUGGUGCUUUGGUGCGUAGAAACACAGCGCAGGAUAUUAGAAAUCGCCAGGAAUCCAUGCUUCCCACCAUCCAUCAGCCAUUGGCUCCCACAAGCACUUUGAGAGGUAGUCGGGUGAAUUGGCAACCUGUUGUUCCAGCAUCUCAAAAAUUUAUGAACAAACUCUUCAUACCUCAGAACGUUCGAAGUGCUCAUGAAGCACGACUGGCAGAUAUAGAGACUGUUAAAUCGCUUCAAGUAAUUGAUUGACAAUCAGGCAUGCGCAUUAACUUGUGUGAAAUUACAUGUGCGAAUAUGCUACUUGGCUACGGAUAUCUACUUCUGCUUUCCACUAUUUGUUAUUGCAGAUGCAAGAUAGCCCAUACGGUGUGAUAUCCUCCACCAGUGAUUUUGAAUUUUUCAAUGAUGUUUGAUUACGAUUGGCGAAACUCUCAGGUUGCAAGAAGAGGACUUCGAAUGUCCUCCAAGUAUUGCUGUGCUUGAAACACACUCUUUCAGAAACGAAAAUCUGGGAGAUGUAUUUCAGCGCAUACUUGAUCAUAGCAAGAUUUUCAAAAUUCUGUCCGCAGGCUGAUCACAUUGGAUCUGUUGAAUGUCUGCUGGUUCAUGAAAAUAGGCGGGACACAGAGUUUGCGUAGGAUAAGUGCAAUACCUUAGUGUCUUGGAUACACCAUAAACGUAACUGUGUAUUUUGCACUACAGUGAUAACUGAAAUCAGAUCAGCUUAUUUCUUGAUAGAA